CCGCUACAUUCUGCGCCGAAACCCAGUCUCUCCCGCUCCGGAUUUUAACUUCUUCCCACAGUCCUAGGUGUACCUCGUUGGGUACCGAGAGAUAGUUUGGACUGCCGGCAUUACGGAUUGAGUACGAUUUUGCACGGAUGACGACUCCUUCAGCGAGAAUUUAGUAAAAGAAAAUCAGUCGGAAAUUUCAGAUUUUCUGCAUUGCAGAAACCAGUGGACCCUAAGCCACGAGGGAACAGCUGGGAAGCAAACUUCUAAAGGAGACCCUUAGAAGGAGAUCAUGGCUUACAGCUAAAGAAAUCAGAAUAUGUGGAAGGGAUCUUAAUUUCAGCAUCCUGGAAGUAGAAAGCACAGAAGACCUGUGUCUCACCCCACAGACAGGUGCAGUGUGUGGUCGGAGCAGCUCAGAGGAAGGACGAUCUGGAGAGGAGGCGGAGCGGCGGCUCGCCUCCCCGGCUGUGGAUGUGCUGGGUGCCAACCCCCAGGCUGCACAGAAUGUGGCUGGGGAGUCGCCUCGGCAUGCCCCGCAGCCGGCCGCAGCUGCCCCCCGCCCAGUCCCUCCAUUUACAAAUCCGUCCGCAGUGCCAUUGCCAGACUGCAACAACUCUGCGUUCCCCAGCAUGGAGAGCAUCCCUCCAAACACUUUGCCUGGAACACUCCCAAGCAGUAACAUUAAGACCAUCAAUUCACAGGAGGUCCUUUCUGAGGAGACCACACCUGGGACCAAGAGCUCUUUGCCGACAUCUCUCCCUGAGGAGCUCAGUUCCUCUGCUGGGACUGAAAGACUUCCAACUCGUCCUCCUGUCAAAUCACAGAUUGACAGCACAGUGGAAGAGCAUCAAUACGGGUCACAAACUGUUAAAGAGAAAAGCCUCACAAAUAGUCAGGAAUACCAGAUUCAGCCACCUCAACAAAGUUCUGGACCUGUGGUUGUUACAGAAUUCAAACCAGAGUCUGGAACAAAUGUGGAGCUUAAAGGAGGAAAUCUCCUGCAUCCCCAAUCUCAGAUCUGUUUCACAGUCGCUUCUCCUGGCUCCCAGUCAAGUGUUGGAUUUAAAGUCCAGGAGCUGCCGGUCCAUACAAUCCAGAGCACCCACAGAACUCUGUCAGGGGUUGCAGAGUCAGUGGGAAGUCGUCAGGACUCAAAAUCCCAAAUCCAAAUUACACAAACUGACACAUCAGAAACAAAGCCUAAAACUGUCACAGAGAUCUCACAUGAUGCAGUGGAAACCUGGAAUACAAACUCUUUGGAAUCAGUCGAGACCUUCAUCUGCACAGAAAGGCAUCCUCGUUCAGUAGAAACUCUUCCAUUCUCAAAGGCCGGGCAGUCUGCACCUGGAAGAGAAACCUCAGUGUCCUUCUGCGGCACCCUCGAAGAAGCGCAUGUGGACAGGGACACAAGGGAUGAACACGCCGACACCACCACCUCCUUGUCCUCCUCUGGCUUCAGCAUGCUGCCAGAGUUCUCCUCUUCAAAGGAGAGCUCCUCAAACCCCCCUGCAGGGUCAUCGCUGCCUGACACGAGUCUAGUUGUCUCGCUGCAGGCAGGUACGUCUCAUACCUCAGAUCAAGUUCCCUCAACUGAGACAUCACUGUUUGCUGAGAUUUUACGCUCUAGCGAGGCUCAAGAAAUUGUGGUGGUUAGAGACGGUGGUGACUGGUCCAAUAUGCACCUGAAUCAGAAUUACCUCCUGCAGCGGGAAGAUGGGUCCGUCUGCCAGGCUGCAAUCGUCAACCAGCUUUCAGCGGGGGAGCCAAAGCUGUACGAAGAGGGUGUCCAGGCGAGAGUGGAGCUCCACUCCCAGCCCGUGGAGGUGUAUGAGUUCUGCAGCCUGGUAGAGGAGGUCGCUGAGGAAACCAUCUGUGUCGGCGGAAGUUCGCAGAUACCUCACUCUCCAGGCUACGAGGUGAACUUGUUCAACGCGUUACUGGAAAACGCAGACGAGGACCUCGAGCCGUCUAUUCACACAGUUGCCGAAGCUGACACCAUCAUCAUUUCCCAGGAGGCCAUGGCAUCACCGAAUGAUGAUGUUCAUAACGUGGCUGUACAGAACCCAAGAGUGACCACAGUGGGUCAGCAUUUAGUGUUAAAUUCUAACCAAACUGUAGAAGUGGCACACAUGAGCGAGGUUUGUUUAGUUCAGGUAGCUGCUGUUACAGCCGACUCAUUCACUGUUGAGGAGACUGAUGUCACUACGCAAACUGGGAUACAUUGUUCACAAACCAGUUCAGCAGACUUGGGUUUAACACAGGUGAGCAAUUCUGCUGCCUUUCAAAGAGUUUCUACGCAACAGGAAGCCGUUUUAUCGCCUGCAGUUGCAGGUGGGGACACAGAGAUGUCCUCUGCUGUCUCAGUGCACGUUUCCAGCGCUGCAAGUCUUACCCCAGGAUUCACUUUUGUAAGUGCUAUCAAACCUGAGUUCUGCGUUUCUUCCCAGGAAGGAAACCGAGUGAGUCUGUCUCUGACAGAAACUAAACCAGAGGCGUUCUGUACCACUUACUCCUCUACUGUUAUAAAUCCAAAGCUGCUUCUUUUUAAGCCAGGAGAAACUCCUCUCCUGAAGCACCCACCCUCCCUUCAGGCAAAGGUGUCCAAGCAACCGAGUGUGGAUGGCAAGUUGGCCGGUGCCCACAGCUCUCUCUCUGGCACAGCGUCUAAGGAGUGCCUUCCCCAACCUGUCUUAGCUGCAGAGUCUCCGUUUGCAUCUGCAGCUCUUGGCAGUCACAAAGAUCAGACGCAGUGCUCUGUCCAUAAAACCUCAACGGCAACAACUCCUGUCAAAGUUCAGCAGACUGCAUUGGUCAUCCCCACAGCUUCAACCAGCAAAUCAGAGGCCUUAACCUUUACACAAACGUCAACAAAAGAGGCUGAUCCCUCACCGCCGAAUGUUGCAACAUUCCCUGGUGUCCCCCAACCCAUUACUCCUCAAACUUUUGUCAUGCUUUCAGCAGCAGAAGAGAGGGACGAAACUGACACAGCGUCUAUCAAUCCUAACGACUCCAACAGCUACCCCGAUUAUGCAGAAGAUGAGAGCGAGGACAUGGACCAAUAUCAGGAUGAACAAGCAAGUGACAUCCAUGAGGUCGAAUUGGGACAUGUCAGCAGCCCUGAGGAAGAUAGCGAUGAUGAGCCAGACCCCGACAGAAGUGAGAUGACAACUCCCAGCUCUUCACACAAGCAUGGAGAGAGCAGGACAGACACACAGGCAGUGUUCCUUAAGGUGCGCCAGUGGAUCGCAGAUAGAGUUACAGUCAAUUCAUCUCCUUCCUCACCAUCAACCUCUACUUCCUUCCUUGGCCCCUCAUCCACCCCUGAUUGGAAGACGCCUCAACGGGAGAAGACCUCGCCUCUCCGGGGGCCUCAUGGCAAGUUCGUUUCCCCUUCCUCUGUGGGCUACAGUUCCUCCUCUUCGCCACCAGACCAGACCACUCCCCAGCGCUCCCGCGGAGAUCGUCACACUGACAUGGCAGAGCUGGCAAAACAUGAAGCAGACAUUGAAAAUCGGACCCAGUCUCUAAAAAAAGAAGGUUUCUGGUCAAUGAAGCGUCUCUCUCGUCUACCGGAGCCGCAGCGAACCAAAGUUCACUGGGAUUACCUCUGUGAGGAGAUGCAGUGGCUCUCCGCCGACUUUGCUCAAGAGAGACGGUGGAAGAGAGGUGUGGCCAGAAAGGUGGUGCGAAUGGUGAUGCGACAUCAUGAGGAGCUGAGGCAAAAGGAAGAAAAAGCCAAGAGAGACGAGCAUGCCAAAAUCCGAAGAGUGGCUGCUUCUAUUGCAAAGGAAGUCCGGGCGUUCUGGAGCAAUGUUGAGAAGGUGGUUCAGUUCAAGCAGCAGUCCAGACUGGAGGAAAAGCGGAAGAAAGCUUUGGACCUUCAGCUCGACUUCAUUGUUGGCCAAACUGAGAAAUACUCGGACCUCCUCAGCAAAUCGCUCGCGAGGCCGGCGGACGCUGACGUAUUGCUGCAGAAAUCUCUGCCACCUCCUGUUGAUGAAGACGACCGAGAUUUUGAACCCCCUUGUGAAGAGGAUGAUGAUGAAGAGACCAUAGAGGUGGAGGAACAGCAAGAAGGCAAUGAUGCAGAGAGCCAUCAGCGGGAGAUAGAACUCCUAAAGGAGGAGAGCAUGCUGCCCCUGGACCAGCUGCUCAGCACACUCAAACUGCCACCCUCACAGGAGUCUGGCUCAGAGGAGGAAUGCUCAAACGAAUCUUCUUUAUCGGCAGAGGAGGAUGAAGAUGGAGAAUUCACUGCCAAUGAAGAGGACGCUGAGGAUGAGGAAGACACCAUAGCAGCCCAGGAGAAGGUAGAAGGGAAUGUCAACCAUGCUGAAGAACUUAAUGACCUGGCCAAAGAGGGCGACAUGAGUCUCGAAGAACUUCUGGAAAAGUACAAAGGUGCUUAUGCAUCUGACUUUGAGGCUCCUUCUGCUUCUGCCUCCAAAGCCAGCUCUGAUUCUGAGGUGUCUGGGGAUGAGGAGGUGGAGAAUGAGGAAGAUGAGAGCGAUGUGGAAAGCAACACUUCAUCUUCGGAUUCCCCUGGAGAUAGUGCAGAUGAUGACACAGAGAAAGAUGAAGAGGAGGAUGAGGAGUGUGGAGAUGAAGGGAUGGAGCUUUUGCUGAAGGAGGGAGACCAAAGCCCGCCUUCCUCCAGCUCACGGCCAAAGAAAGAAAUCAGCCAUAUAGCUGCAACGGCAGAGAGCCUGCAGCCUAAAGGCUACACUCUGGCUACAACCAAGGUAAAGAUCCCCAUUCCAUUCCUUCUCCAUGGAACACUGCGGGAAUACCAGCACAUCGGACUGGACUGGUUGGUCACUAUGUAUGAGAAGAAACUCAAUGGGAUUCUGGCUGAUGAAAUGGGCCUGGGUAAAACCAUCCAAACCAUCGCUCUGUUGGCUCACCUUGCCUGUGAAAAAGGGAAUUGGGGUCCCCACCUCAUCAUUGUGCCCACCAGUGUGAUGCUGAACUGGGAGAUGGAGCUGAAGCGCUGGUGUCCUGGGUUUAAAAUCCUCACCUACUUUGGUAGCCAGAAGGAGAGGAAGCUGAAGAGACAGGGCUGGACAAAACCCAAUGCUUUCCACGUGUGUAUUACUUCCUACAAGCUGGUGCUGCAGGAUCAUCAGGCCUUCAGGCGAAAAUCCUGGCGCUAUCUGAUCCUCGACGAGGCUCAGAACAUCAAAAACUUUAAGUCCCAGCGUUGGCAGAGUCUGCUGAACUUCAACAGCCACAGACGUCUGCUGCUGACAGGAACUCCUCUGCAGAACAGCCUGAUGGAGCUCUGGUCACUCAUGCACUUCCUGAUGCCCCACGUCUUCCAGUCCCACCGUGAAUUCAAGGAGUGGUUCUCCAACCCGCUGACGGGAAUGAUCGAGGGCAGUCAGGAGUACAACGAAGGCCUGGUCAAGAGGCUUCACAAGGUGCUGAGGCCGUUCCUGCUCAGGAGGAUCAAGGCCGACGUUGAGAAGCAGAUGCCGAAGAAAUAUGAACAUGUGGUGCGCUGUCGCCUCUCCAAAAGGCAGAGAUUUCUCUACGAUGACUUCAUGGCACAAGCCUCGACCCGGGAGACACUGGCCAGUGGACACUUCAUGUCUGUCAUUAACAUUCUCAUGCAGCUCCGCAAAGUGUGCAACCACCCCAACCUGUUUGACCCUCGACCUAUCCAGUCACCCUUCAUCACUCAGCCCAUCGUCUUCCACACUGCAUCCCUGGUGCAAAAAGCUCUGGAGGUUUCGCCUUUGAAGCGCUGCGACCUUUCUGCAUUUGAUCUUGUCGGUUUGGAGCGCCAUGUCACCCGUUACCAGGCAGAGGUGUUCUUGCCGCGCCACAAGGUCAGCCGCCAGCUUAUACAGGACAUUACGGAAUCUCCUGAACCACCUCCGAGACCCAAACCGGUCCGCAUGAAGGUCAACAGGAUGUUCCAGCCGCCUCCUAAAGGUGAUAAUCGGCCUGUUCUGCUGAUGAACAAACCCACCUGCUCCGUUCCACCUGCAGCUCAGACCACUAAACCUCCUCCAGUCCCAGAGGCCACUCCAGCUCCUGCUUCUGCUCCUGUUGUUCAACAAGUGAUGUGUUCAGUUGCAUCCACAGCUGGACUUCGUCCUCCGAUCCAUCCCUCUCCUCAAACUGCAGUGAGAUCCAGCGCGCCUAGGCCAAUACUGACCGUGCGGCCUCCUACUGCUCCCUGUGCAGCCGGUAUCCCAGCCCAUUCAAGUCCAACCCCCGGCAACAUCAUGCCCCAGAGGGUUUUACUCAGCCCUGAUAUGCAAGCAAGGCUGCCAUCCGGUGAGGUGGUGAGCAUCGCACAGCUGGCCUCUCUGGCAGGGCGACCUGUAUCAUCAAGCCAGGGCAGCAAACCCGUCACCUUCCAGCUUCAAGGCAACAAACUGACUCUGUCUGGAGCUCAGAUACACCAGGUCCCAGCAGCUGGCCCACGUCCAGUUCAAGGUAAUGUCAUGCACCUGGUGUCUAGCGGGAUGCAGCAUCACCUGAUCAGCCAGCCUGCACAGCUGACUGUCCAGACAACAACCAGCACACACGCUGCAAACACACCUGCUGCUAGUCCCACUGCAAACAAGCUGACACACAACGCCUCACCACAAGUGCCCUCCUCCAUGGUGAGCAGCCCUGGAGUCGUGAAGAUUGUUGUGCGCCAGGCAUCAGGCAAGGAGGGUGGGCCAGUCCCCUCACUGGCAGUCGCCCCUUCCCCACGUCUUGCUCCUCAGGCUCCAACCUCCUCCCUACACCACCACUCCAACACCCCACCUGUCAGGAACACAGCUCCCCUGCAGAUUGCCCCGCGCACCCCUGGUCCUGGUUCUGGUCCUGCUACAGCUCACUACACAAUAGCUCCCCUCAGACACCCAAGCUCCAACCCGAACCAGCUCCAGCCCCUGCGGCCUGUUCUCAAGGUCGUGCAGCCGCCUCCCUCCAGCACAGAGCAGCCAGCUCCAGCUCUGGUGGCUACCUUACCAUGUGUGGCCAAACCCUCAGCAGCACCUCAAGACAACAGCAGCAGCAACCAACCACCAGCUACCACAAAGUCAAAGCCCAGUGGGAGUGCAAAGACCGACCCCCCUCGCAGGAGGGCACCUCGCCCGCCUCUACGCUCUCCGUUCCAUGUGUCAUGGUUGGCUGAUGAGAUCAAACGGCAGCGAGACAGCCGGCUGGACUUUGUCUUCCGAGUCAAUGAGCGCCGCUGCGGGGCAAUGCCUGUGUACGGCCAUGAGGUAUUAGACUUUCUGACUUUCCUCCCCGGCCCUCACCCAUCUCCGGCAGUUCUGGAUGCGAAGGGGGAGUGGAGCCGCUCGGGCCACAGCAGCUGUCUGUACGCACAGCAGCAGGACAAGCAAGACUACUGGUUUCAGAGCCCUGCUUUAAGAGAAGCCAUCCACAGCCCUGGCAAAAGGGUGGAGCUCCUCAGUGAUGUCAUUGACAGGUUUGUGUUUGCGAUUCCUCCUGUGGAAGCUCCAGUGAUCUCCAUGCACUGCUGCCACCCUCCUCCAUCUCUGAGUCACAAACAGGCAGUCUUCUCCUCCACGCUAUCAGCUCUGGUCGCUCCACUAACUCGCAGCCUCCACCGCAUCCAUUGCAACAUGAGGACUCAGUUUCCUGACCUGAGGCUCAUACAGUAUGACUGUGGUAAGCUUCAGACUCUCCACACUCUGCUGCGAAAGCUGAAGUCAGGAGGCCACCGAGUGCUGAUCUUCACUCAGAUGACACGCAUGUUGGACGUGCUCGAGCAGUUCCUCAACUACCACGGACACAUCUACCUCCGUCUGGAUGGCAGCACCCGCGUGGAGCAACGACAGGCCCUCAUGGAGCGCUUCAAUGCAGACCGACGCAUCUUCUGCUUCAUUUUGUCAACUCGCAGCGGGGGUGUUGGGGUCAAUCUGACUGGGGCUGAUACUGUGGUUUUCUACGACAGCGACUGGAAUCCCACCAUGGAUGCUCAGGCUCAAGACCGCUGUCAUCGAAUCGGACAGACCCGGGAUGUCCACAUCUACAGACUGAUCAGCGAGCGAACAGUUGAGGAAAACAUUUUAAAGAAAGCCAACCAGAAGAGGAUGCUGGGAGAUAUGGCAAUCGAGGGAGGAAACUUCACCACUGCCUUCUUCAAAGAGCAAACCAUCAGGGAGUUGUUUGACGUCAAUGAUGGGGAGAAGAGGGAGGUGGCCGUGGAGCUGUCUGUGCCUCAGGCUGAGGAAGAGGAAGGCGUCAACAAACAGAGCACCACCAUUCUGGAACAGGCAUUGUGUAGAGCCGAGGAUGAGGAGGACAUCGUGGCUGCCUCUCAGGCCAAAGCAGAGCAGGUGGCCGAGCUGGCAGAGUUUAACGAGAACAUCCCACUAGACGACGGAGGGGAACAGGAGGAGGUGGAGGAGCUGUCCAAGGCUGAGCAAGAAAUCGCUGCUCUGGUGGAACAGCUCACUCCCAUUGAACGUUACGCCAUGAACUUCCUGGAAGCUUCUUUGGAAGACGUCUGCAAAGAAGAGCUGAAGCAAGCUGAGGAGCAGGUAGAAGCUGCCAGGAAGGGCCUGGACCAAGCCAAGGAAGAGGGACUAAUGCUCCACCCUUCUUCUGAUGAAGAUGACGAGGACUUUCUUUCAACACAAGCUUCUUCUGAACCCUCUCUAGCUCCUGCCCGCCGUGGACGUAAACCCAAGGAUAGGACGCUGACCUCCACACGGACCAGUGGUCGACUUCGUGGAGCUUCACCCGAACCUGAGCCGCAGACACCAAGAGAAGUCCCUGAAAGACUCCGCAGCGGUCUGAGAGGACGACCACCUGCCAAAGACUCCACCCCUCUAAAAGCCUCCACAUUGACCAAGCUUCAAGACUCCAAGUCUUUUAAAGCCUUGUCUCCAACCAGAGAUCAGCAGACUGCGAAAACAAGGACUCAACCAAGCCGUUCCCACCCCAGUCCAGUCCCAUCCCCCACUACCAGCUCUCCUACUGCAGGGAAACAGCAGUGCGCUGGAGAGACUGACUCCAAAGCUGUCAGAGAGGAGAAAGAAAGGAGAAUCUCCGAGUCUUCAUUAGAUUCUAGCUUUGGAGCAGAACAUCUGACCAAAGAUGAUGAUGGCCCCAUGUCUCCUCCCUCCACAAGCUCCAGAUCACCUCGCAAGCGUCAGACAGCAGAUGGUGAGGUGCUUCGGGGCCUGGUGGAUGAUUCCCCAUCAGCCAAAGUCCUGCGGAAGCUUCCAGGAAGGCUUGUCACAGUGGUGGAGGAGAAGGAGCCACGAAGGAGGAGACGCAGGGGAAGCGAAGCCGGGGGCUCCUCAGAAGAGGUGAUGGCUGAGGAGCACUCCACUGGAUUUACUGAUGAACUAAGCAAAGACAACACAUCCCAGAGCCCCGAUGAAAAGCCUAAACCGACUGCGGACAGAUCCCCUCAGGACCACGACUCUGGACAAAGUCUGGCUGUUCACCCUCAGCCUGUCAGAGGUUACCCUCCUUACUCCCCACCGCACCUUUCUCCUGACAUGCCGGUGCUCAGAAACCUUCCUGUACGUCGCAGGCUGGAAACCGAAUCCCGCAUGGCAGCUCAGCUAGGUGAGCAGCAGCAUCUUCAGGGCCGAGGAAGAGGAGCAUCUCAGACCAAGAAAACAGACACUGAGUCCAGCAUAAACUGCCUUUUGACGCCUUUGAAAAGAAAGAGGGGCCGGCCCCCUAAGACCCCCACUGCUUUACCUGAGCCCGAAACCAGAGUGGCUCCUUCACCUUCCUCCCCAAGUGAGGACGGGAACCCCCCUCUGUCCCCGAAACGCAAGAGAGGUCGUCCCCGUAAAGACACCACAGCCACGUCGGAUGUUGUUUGUGAAGUACAAAACUCCAAUGAACCAAAACCUGAAACCAGACUGCCCCCAGAGACCACCGCUGCUGCUGUUCUCAACACAGAUACAGUCUCCAAGUCUACCAGAGCCAACGAAGCACCAACAGAGGCUUCAAAUUCAGCGCAGCCUUCUGCUGCAAAUACAGUUGAAACAUCCAUGUUGGACUCUCCAUUAAUUCAGGCACCAGCUGAACCAACUGAACCCCUACCUGCUUCUGCCGCCACAUCGGCUUCAGUUCAGUGUCACCUCCCAUCAUCCCUAGUUUCCCCCCCGGAGGCAGAAAGUCACACCUCGCUUCCAUCUGUCUCAGCAAGGCUUACCUUAGUGACGUCCACAGCUGGUGUUUCUACAGCCGCUUUAGAACCAAGCUCUUUCUCUGUCCCUAUUGACACGGAAUCGACAGAACCAGACUCUGGUAAAUCCUCCGCAGAUGAUGCAACUUCAAAAGCUAGUCCCCCACCUGCUGCUGCAGUCCAAACACUUCACCCUUCAUUUGAGCCUAGUAUAACAGAAAGUGUCACCACAACGGACGAACUGCACAAAGCUGCAACUGCUACUCCACAGGACCUACUGCAGGACUCUGCUGCACCCACAGAACGGACUGGGACCUUGACUCCACAUGGAAGUGAGGAGGUCGCAGAGACGACUUUAGAAGUACUUCCAUGUGCAUCACAAACAGCCCAGGCCAGCCAAUCAAACUGCACAACUCAAGUAGAAACAGAGCAAACAACUUUAUCAAAUCCAACCACAUCUGACCAGAACAUUGCAACGGUUACUCCAUCUGCUGAAGACGAGACUACAUCAGAAAAGACUGAAGUGACUGCAGUCCUGAUUCAGUCAGUUUCAACACCACCGACAGAAACAGGUGUGGAAGCUCAGGUAAUGCCAGAGCCUGAAAGGUCAACAGAACCCUUUGCAACUUCCCAAGCAGCAACACCUGCUGAGGCAAACCCGUCUCCAGAAACCUAUGAUGCAACACCUGCUAUGGUGAACACAUCUGCAGAAACUUCUUCCCCUCCAACAGUGGUAGUCAGCACAACUACUACUUGUUCUACCCCUGCAACAGUUGCUACGGAAACUGUAGAGAUCCCAGCAUCGAUACUGCCUUCUAUAGAAAGUCCUUCAGAAAUUACAUCUAUGUCGUCUCCAGAAAAAACCCUUACACCCAUGGAAGCAGCCCAGAUAUCAACAUUUCCUUCCUUUUGCUCCACUCAAACCACUGCAAUCAUCUCCCCAGUAGAAGACCAGUCCACGUCCAUUGAUGCUUCUAAAGAGACUCCAACAGAGACUCCCCUCCAGACGGAUGCAACUGCUGACGCAUCUGAAAAAUCUGCCAAAGUAAAGGAAACUAAAGGAGAUUCUGACAGAGAAAUACGAGCAGAUGCUAUUGAGGAUGAAGCAGAAUCCAACAACGAGGAGAACGUCUGCAAGUCACUGCCUAAAAGGAGAAAGGUGGAAACCUCCUCUGAACCACGAAAGGAAAAAGGAGGAGAACCAAAAACCGCUCCUGGGAAAGAAGCGGGACAGGAAGAUCCUGAAGAUCAAAAACUUCCCAAGCAGAAGAGAUCCAUCAGCAGAGAGAGCAGUCAGGAGUCUGUGCGCUCCUCUUCGCCAUCAUCUGGGAGCUCUUCGUCGACCCUUACUCGGCACGCCCACCACAAGAAAACCUACGAGAACAGGCAUCCUGCCAAGAGAAGGAGAGUGGAAACAUCUGAGGGAGGGAUGGAGGAUAGGGAGGAGGAUGAGACUAAGGAGGAAGCAGACACUGCCCCCUUUUGCAGGAGGUGUUCUAGGUCUUCCUCUUCUUCCUCUUCUUCCUCCGACUCAGACAGCAGUGAGAGCAGGAAGCGGCUGACACGCUCCGCCAAGCGGCGGCAGCAGGACCAGGAAAAGGAAGUGGGCAACAAGAACAGGAAAGGCGUAAAAGUUACACAUAGUUCUGAGAGAAGUGCGUCAAACAACGCCACCACAUCCACUGGUGGGGAAUCGGGGAGCGACACAUCUUCUGUCAGGAUGACCAGGAAGUCUGCAGGAUCUCAGCCGGCACAGGACAGUAAAGCACAGACAAACAGCGCCCCCUUGUUGCCUCCUGAGCCGGAAGUUCUGGGGAAAAGGUGUUCGGCUCUGAAUGCAGCUGCCAAGCUUCUGGCCAUGAAAGGCAGAGUGGACACUCCUGGUCACACAACACGGAAAGAUUCAGGAGCCAAAGCUGCUUCCUCUUCUGACAAGAACCAAAAGCCCAAAAGCAUCCUGGCAUCUCCUCAAAGUAACUCUGUGAAUCCGAAUGGCAACAAGAACAAAAGCGGCAAACCUCCAACUCCAGAUCAGACAAGCCGCCCUGUAUCCCGCUCAACAAGGCAGUGCCCUGGUCAGCUUGUUCCACCGCUGGAGGUCGAGUACAAGAGGCCCAAACCUGAGGAGAAAGAAAGUAAGAAGUUGUCGAGAGGGAAGGAAGGAGAGGGUCACAGCGCCUGCAGCAGCAUGAGCAGCGACGGUGAGGGCGACUGUGGCAGGCGCAGCAGCAGGAGUCGCAGCAGCAGUAACAGCAGCCAGCGCACCCGCAGCAUUAGUUCCCAGAACACAGAGCACAGAGGUUCUCGGGCCACCUCCUCAGGGAGUGAACGUGACAGGGACCGCAGCCCCGAUCGGGCAAAAGGCGGCAGCAACAGGAAGGAGAGGCAGAAGGACCGAAAGGACAACAGGAGGUCCCUGAAAACCUCGCAGGAGGUGACUAGCAGCUCAGGAACAGAGGGGAUGCCGGACAGGGUGCUGCGAAGCGUGGCUGCACUUGCAGCAGUACAGGCGCGCUCGCCGGCUGCAAGCACCCGCUCCUCUAAUCAACAACGCAACAAGACAUGACCAGAGUGCCAAAGAUUUUAAAAUGGAAGAAAAAAAUGUUAAAAACAGAAAUGCGAGCAUGUCACGACCUCCAGGGCUGCAGCUGCACGGGGAGCGAGUGCUGCACAGCGCAGACACCUCCCUGGCUCCUUUUCUGAACCGAGCUUGCCCCCCUCACUGCUGGGUGGUGCCUGCUGGAGAGGGGGGAGGCUCGGAUGCUUGGCUGAUGGGGGGAGGCGCAGUGGAUAAUUCACCUCCAGGGACAAAGGUGCAAGAUUAAACACUUAAAGUACUGUAAUUAUUAAAGACUGGAAACCAGAGGUGGGACUUUACAACAACCUAUGUUGGGGGGUUUCACAUAGAAAUUAAUUUGUCAAACAUUUAAACCUUAAAGUGACCCAUUCGUUGUAACUUGGAGGUUUGAGAACGAUUUCUUCUGCAAGUUCUGUCAGCUGUCACGACUCUCCAUUCUUUAGAUAAAUUAUGCAUAUUUUUAUGAUUUCUUCCAGGUUGGUCGAAGGAGAGCAGGUCUGUCAGAGCUUUGAUAAACUCUCUGUUCAACCCCACCAGUUCUGUUCAUUGGGAUUCAUUUGCACAUUAAGAGAUGAUGUGGCUUUUUCUGUAUGUUUUAGUGUUCUACAUGAACUGGGUAAAUUGGUCCUUAGUAUCUUGCAGUGUGUAUCUACAGUUUGAAAAUGUACUGAUUGAACAAUUAACACUAAAGUCUUGUAUUUAUGCUGAAUAAAGAGGGCAGGUAAAUGUUUGUAAAGAGCACCUGUUGGGCCCGAUGGUGUCUGAUCUGAUUGCCUUGUUGAAGCACCUGAUGUGGAAGAGUCCAGCUUCUCAUUUAAAAAAAACCAUUUCAACAGUCUGUAUCCAGUGCGUUGUCAGUGCUAACAGGUUUAUUGUCACCCCAACAUCACUUCCAUUGCUCUUGGUUCAUGCAAGAGGAAAUAUGUGCGAACAGAAUGAGUGAAGCAGCUCCAUUUGACAGUAAAAUUUCAUUUAGAUAUUAUCGGGAACAGGUGAUUCCUGGUGAUGGUCUUAUUUUUCAGUUAGUCUCUUUAUUUGUUGCAUUCCUUUGUUCCCUUGUUAUUCCACAUUGUUUUACUUGAAAAUGAAGACAAUUGCAGUUGAAUAAAAAGUCCAACAAA